AAAUUCCAAAUAGAUAUGGAUUCUCAUUUCAGAGAUAAUAAAUUCAAGAGAACAACAAUGACUUCAGUACCCACCGUGACUAUGGAUGAGCUAUCAAGAGCUGUACAGGACACCACCAUCAGUCUCAACGCCAAGAGGGUUCUAGAAGGCAUACUCAAUGACUUCAUGGACCUGCAAUUCGGGAAGGAAACACCUUAUACAACUGGAAAAACGGUUAUCCCAUCAGGAUCUACCAUCGAGGAUGUAAACAUUAGUGCUACUGAUUCAUCAAUAGAUAAGAAAUUCCGAGAUAUCUUUGUAAAAAUUUCAAAUACACACAAUAGUGGAGACUUAACUCCGCAAUCCCCUAACAAAGGUUGGGAUCCAAAGUUAACACCUGUACUUGUGUUUGUCACUGCUAACAAUUAGUUUGUAAGAAUCUAGAAGUUUUGGUGUUUUGUUGAUGUGUUAUUUAUAUUUGUGAUCAAUAAGUCCUUAUUAAUACUAUCUGUAUUUUUAAAUAAAACAUUUAAUGUAGUUUUAAUAA